AUGUCUCGUGAAUAUCGGGAUAUCCAGAAACGGGCGACCGAUGGAUCAACCUUUCUAGUCGGGGUGGGGAAAGCCGAUAUAACAGGGCCUGUCGCAGAAGUGCCCCUUGUGGGAAUGGGAAAUUCGUCACAAAUUGGGACGGGGCUUAGACAACGGAUCUUUGCUCGCACGUUCAUUUUUGCCGAUCCCGCCAAUGCCACAAAUACAUGGAUAUAUACUGUCUUAGACAACCAGUCAGGGGAUACAGCCAUUCGACAUGGGAUAGUCCAAGGCCUCGCUAGUCUAGGGGAAGAGUAUAGUCAGUAUGGACAACACAAUGUAGCUAUCACUGGCACGCAUUCGCAUUCCGGCCCAGGAGGAUGGCACAAUUAUCUCCUGGUCCAGAUAUCCACUCUCGGCUUUAACCAGCAAAGCUAUGAAGCUAUUGUAGAAGGAACUCUACUAUCAAUUACGCGAGCCCAUGAGAGUCUGUCUUUGAGUAAAAUCACGGUGGCUAGCACUGAGAUUGUGGACGGCAAUAUCAAUCGCAGCGGUUACUCAUACCUAGCAAAUCCGGCAUUCGAGCGAGAUCAAUACGAAUACGACACAGAUAAAACCAUGACAUUACUGGUGAUUGAUCGUAUAUCAGAUAAUAAGACAACGGGUGUCUUAUCUUUCUACUCCGUGCACGGUACCUCGAAUUAUAAUAAUAACACUCUAGUGACCGGAGAUAACAAAGGAGUCGCCGCAUAUCUUUUUGAGCGGAGCGUGAGCAGCGACGCCCGGUUUGCCGAUGGUUUCGUUGCUGGAUUUUCGCAAUCGAGUGUUGGUGACACCUCUCCCAAUGUGCUUGGGGCGUUUUGCGAGGACACAGGAUUACCAUGCAGAUUCGAGGACAGCACAUGCAAUGGGAAGACAGAGCUCUGCCAAGGGCGAGGACCUUAUUUUCAAGAGAACGACAAUGGCGCAAAGAGCUGUUUCGAAAUAGGAAGACGACAAUAUGUUGCCGCGGCUGAUCUUUAUAACCAGAUGGCGCUCGGUACAGCAUUAAAUGCUACUCAGAUUACUGGUAGUGCAUCUGUGGCAUCAUUUCAUACGUACAAUCAGAUGUCAGGGUUUCAAUUUACGUCUCCAUUCAACGGCAGCACACUGUCUACUUGCUACUCGGCUUUGGGCUACCCUUUCGCCGGUGGAACCAGCGAUGGACCAGGAGCCUUCGAUUUUACGCAGAACAAUACUAAUCCUGAGAUCAAGAAUCCUUUCUGGAGGGCAGUCAGUGGUAUAGUCCAUAAGCCCAGCCCCCAGCAAGUCCAGUGCCAAGCUCCUAAGAACAUCUUUCUUGAUCUUGGUCUGAACACAUUCCCAUAUGCGUGGGCGCCAGAUAUUGUGGAUGUUCAAGGCCUUCGUAUCGGCCAGCUGAUCAUCAUAGUGUCCCCAAGCGAGGUUACCACCAUGUCAGGUCGCCGGUGGAAAGGGGCAGUAUCUCAAGCAGCGCAAAAACUGUUAUCUCUUUCUGAUCCGAUUGUCGUCCUCGGCUCCCCUGCUAAUUCCUAUUCGCAUUAUGUGACAACUGAGGAGGAGUAUAAUGUACAACGAUACGAAGGCGCGUCUACUAUAUUCGGUCCAAAUCAGCUCGCGGCCUACGUUAAUCUAAGCCUGACCUACUUACCUUACUUAGAUACGGCCACUCAAGUUGUAACAUUGCCUCCCUUACCUGCAGGACCGAGUCCACCCAUCAAUACUAAUAAUUCCCUGUCUUUCAUCCCUGGUGUUGUCUACGACAAUCCCCCUACUGGGUAUUCAUUUGGAGAUGUGUUAUAUUCUUCUCCGACAAAUGAGACGUACUCUCCUGGUGACUCCAUCACAGUAGCCUUUGUAGGUGCCAACCCACGAAAUGACUUGCGUCUAGAAGACACAUACGCUGCUGUUGAAAUGAAGACCGAUAGUGGGGAUUGGAUUCAGGUGCGGGACGACACAGACUGGAAUCUGAAAUAUGAGUGGGUGCGCACAAACACAGUCGUUGGCAGUAGUGAGGUCACCUUAACUUGGCACAUCGAAGAUCCUUACUAUCUCACUGGGUGGUCACAGCCACUUCGAAGCGGCACAUACCGAUUGCAUUACUACGGUAAUUCUAAGAAUAUCUUGGGUGCCAUCACCUUUUUUGAAGGUGUUGGACCAGUUUUUGAAGUUGACGUCUAG